AUGCGACAACAAGAUGAUAAUACCAAGUAUUUUCAUAGACUUGCAACUGAAAGGAGAAGGAAAAUCUACAUAGGUGCAAUCAAGGUUGAUGGUGUUAUGACCUACAAUGAGAAGGAAAUUAAAGAAGGUAUUGUGCAAUUUUUUCAAAAUAUUUUUCAAACUCAGGCUGCCAGAAAUGUUUCAACGGACUUCAUGUACUUCAAUCAAGUUUCUGAGGAUCAAAAUACUUUUUUAGAAUGUGAUAUCACCGAAGAUGAAUGUCUUACAUCUAUGAAAAUACUAGGACAAGCUAAGGCUCCAGGGCCAGAUGGUUUCCCUAUAAGCCUCUAUGUUCUUAAAGACACAAUAGAAGAAGUCAAAUACUUAAGACCAAUUAGUCUUGUUCAUGGUGUUUAUAAGAUCAUUUCCAAGAUUCUCACAGAUAGAUUAAAGAACAUCUUACUUGACAUUAUUUCUUCACAACAAACUGCUUUCUUAAAGAAAAGACAAAUUCUGGAUGGAGUUUUGGUGGCAAAUGAGCUUAUUGAUUCUAGAAUUAGAAGUGGAAGACCUGGAAUUCUAGUUAAGGUGGACUUUGAGAAGGCUUUUGAUCAUGUUAAUUGGGUGUUCCUUGAUGAAAUUAUGGAAAAAAUGGGGUUUGGUGAUAAAUGGAGAGGUUGGAUCAAAUGCUUUGUAGAAGCUCUAUCCUUUAUGAUCAAACAAGCUCAAGAUAAUGGUUUAAUCUCUGGUUUUCAGGUUGCUGAGGGUAGUACUGUUGUUAGUAUUGCAGAUGAUACUCAAAUCUUUCUAGAUGUUGAUACUAGUCAUGUUGAAAAUUUAAGAAUUUUGCUUUUAUCUUUUGAGCAGCUGACAGGGUUAAAAAUUAACUUUGCAAAAAGUGAAAUUUUUGGUGUGGGAUAUACUGGAGACAUUGCUCAAUUCUCUUCUAUUCUGGGUUGUUAUAAUAGUGUGUUGCCAACAAAAUAUCUUGGUUUACCUAUGGGGGAUAAGAGUGGUGGUGUUGCAAAAUGGGAGAUGGUUAUUGAAAAGUUCAUCAAAUAUCUAGCUGGAUGGAAGAAAACAACUCUAAAUAGAGCAGGUAAAAUUGCUUUAAUUAAUAGUGUUUUUGCAAGUCUGCCAGUUUACUAUAUGUCCUUGUUUUUUAUGCCUGCUUCUGUGGCUAAGAAGCUUGGAAAGAUUAUGAGCAAUUUUCUUUGGAAUGAUAACAAAGGGAAGAAGAAGAUGAAAUUGGUAAAGUGGCCUGCUUUUUGUAGAAGAAGAAAAUUUGGUGGUCUUGGUGUUAAAAAAAUAAAGACGAUGAACAAGGCUUUGCUUACCAAGUGGCUUUGGAGAUUUUCAACUGAAGAUAAUGUUUUAUGGAAGGAUAUUAUUGAUGAGAAGUAUGGUGUUGAGCAGCUGGGUUGGUUUUCUAAAAUUCCUAAAAUCACUUAUGAAAGGAGUCUUUGGAAAGGCAUUAUGAAUUGCAGUGCUAUAUUCAAAAAUCACAUUAAGUUUAAAGUGAAUUCUAGUAGAAAUACUAGUUUUUGGAAGGAUAGGUGGCUCUUAGAUAUCCCUUUGUGCUUAAAGUUUCCUCAUAUGUUUGCAAUUUCAAGAUCUAAGGAUUUAACUGUGGCUGAAGUGUUUAAUGUCAAUGAAGCUGAGUGGAAUCUACUCUUGCCAAGAAGAAUGUCUCCUGCUGUCAGAUUGGAAUUCUCAGAGUUGCAGAAUAAUUUACAAGGUUUGGUGCUUAACAGCAAUGCCAAAGAUGAAAUUCUCUGGAGUAUUAACAGUAAAGGUCAAUUCUCAGUUAAAUCAACUUAUGAUACCCUUGCCAACAAUGAUUAUGAUCCUGCUCAACAACACAUCUAA